AUGUAAAAAUAUCAUAACACCAAUUCGACAAAAAAUAAAUACCUUAAGAGCACAUUCCAACCUCCCUAUGCAUAAAAUGUAAUCUCUGUGAAUUAGGGAAUCCAUAAAUUAAUUGAUAAAGCAAUAAGACUUUUAAAAGAUGAAAAAUUUUCUUCUAUCCAUUUAGUUGCUUAUGAGAAAACAGCUGCUAAUGCUAUAAUGAUGGCCAAAAUUUUGAAAGAAAAAUUUCCUAAACUUCAUGAAAUUUCUCUAAUCGACAACAUUGAAAAAUUUACCCAUUACGAACCUUUGGAGGAGGGAUUAGUUGAUGUUAAUAUAAGUGUAAAAAUCUCGUCCAUAAUAAUCAAACUUACCUUUAAUCCAACUUAGGAAGAAAUGUAAAAGCCAGGAUAUUAAAAAUCUUUAUUUGAUGAGAGAUCUGAAUCUCUUAAACAUCAUGAUCCAAUGAUUAGAGAGCUAUAUGAUCUUACAUCAACAAACGACAUCUAGUAAGAAGAAGAAAGCUCAGAAGAUGAAGAUCAGGAAUAAGCAUAAGAAGAUUAAGUUGAAAAUAAAGAAGGCGAAAGAUAUUAUAGAAGCUAAGUAGAUUUUAAAUCCUCGUUACAAGAAUCAAUUAUCAAGCAUAAGGAUAUAUAUGCAUCUUUUUAAUAAGAUUAAGAUUAAUUCAACAAAAAUUUCGAUUAAACUAAUUAAUUCAACAGAACCUUUGAUUAAAUGGAGUAAUACAACAAAAAUUUCAAUUAAACGAAUUAAUUCAACAGAACGUUUGAUUAAAUGGAGUAAUCCAACAAAAAUUUCACCUAUAAUUAUAGAUAAGAGUAGGAAGUGUAGUCUUAAAAUAAAUAUUAGAGAUUUGACCAAAGACCAUAAGAAUACUUUGAUUAUGCUCAUAAUUUUAAACAUUCUAAAAUCCCCGAUGAGGAUGGCUUUGAAGAAAUAUCUAUUCCAAAGCAGAAUUAAAAUCCUAAUUUUAAUAAUUAGAAAUUCUAGCCUUAUCCUCCUUCCCAAUAACAAAGCUAAAUACGUGAACAUCAUUAACAAUAAUUUUAAUAAGAUUUUGGGAAUACUGGUAAUAAUCAUAACAAUAAUAACAGGUAUGUUAGAAAUACUGAACUAAGAAAUAAAAGGAUGGAAGAAUAGUUUACAGAUUCUUAAUCAUAAUUUUUUCAUCAAUCAAAUGUGUACCAUCAUUAAAAUGACGGUACCUAGAGAAGUUUCCAAAAUUAAAAUGAAUUUUCUUAAUUUAAUUAUCCAAAUUUGAAUUAAAAUUUUAUUAGGGAUGAAAGGAGUAUGAUUAAUAAGUAAUAAAGUAACAUAGAUAAUAUGAGCUAUAACAAGGAUAGAAGGGAUGAUAGAGAUAGAAGAGAUAAUAGAGAUAACAGAGAUAAUAGGGAUUAUAGAGAUAAUAGAGAUAAUAGAGAUAAUAGAGAUAAUAGAGAUAAUAGGGAUCAUAGAGACAAUAGGGAUAAUAGAGACAAUCGAGAUAAUAGAGAUCAUAGAGACAAUAGAGACAACAAAGAACAUAGAGAAAACAGAGAACAUAGAGAUAAUAGGGACAAUAGAGAUAAUAGAGGUAACAGGGACAAUAGAGAUAAUAAAGACAAUAGGGAUAAUAGAGAUAACAGGGACAAUAGGGAUAAUAGAGACAAUAGAGACAAUAGGGAUAAUAGAGAUAAUAGGGAUCAUAGAGACAAUAGGGAUAAUAGAGACAAUCGAGAUAAUAGAGAUCAUAGAGACAAUAGAGACAACAAAGAACAUAGAGAAAACAGAGAACAUAGAGAUAACAGGGACAAUAGGGAUAAUAGAGAUAACAGGGACAAUAAAGAUAAUAGAAAUAAUAAAGAAAAGAGGGAUAAUAGAGAAAAUAAAGAAAAAAAAGAUAAAAGAGAUAAUAGAGAUAACAGGGAUAAUAAAGAUAAUAGAGAUAACAGGGAUAAUAAAGAUAAUAGAGAUAAUAGAGAUAAUAAAGAUAAUAGAGAGAAAAAAUAAGAAAAGAGAAAAAAUAAUGAUAAUGAUAAUAAAGGCUAAAAUUAAAAUUAAAAGAGCAAAGUAGAAAACAAAUUACCAUAAUAAAGUCAAAUAAUCAGCAACUUUGAUAAAAGGAGAGAACUCAAUGAGAAAAUGUGUACUCCAAUGUGA